AUGAACUUUGCCUCAAAUUCUGCCUCGCACAGCUUCCAGAACCCAUCGACAAAGAAAUUGAGCCGUCCGGCACCACAAGCCCACGUGCUACGGCUAUCUUGCUCCGUAAUGAGCGAAUCAUGUCAGAUUGUACUGGAUCAGACUCUGUCGCGCGUCCUUCAAUCACGGGCUUGCGACCAUUGUCAUGCCCGCAAAGUGAAGUGUGAGAGGACCUUACCAUGUAAGAAAUGCCUUGACACAGGCCUGACCUGCGCGUACCAGCGACAGCCGCAAUACAGGUCUAGCUCCACAGUUGCUGGUACUGCCAAUGGACAUGAAGCUUCACGAUCGAUACCAAAACGUGUGAAGAAGAAAGUGGCCCGGCGGCUACCGGAUAUCCAUACCAGCAAAGGCUCGACCGAUUACUCCGUUACCAGCGAGGUUGUGCCCGGCAGCCAGCUAGUGUCGGUCUCGAAUUCUGCAGGGCCAGAUCCAUCCCCGGCUGCAGAGCCACAGAUUUUUGGAAAUACAGACUGGUUUGGAGAAACUUUCGAUGAACACUCUCGUGAAUCAAGCUUUCCAGCGCCAAACGGAGUCGUUGUUUCGGAUUCCUCUACUCCGUUAAUCUCAAAACCAGUAACGGACAUAUCGACAUGGCUAGCACCGCAUUUCCAGGGUCUACCAGGGACGGAUGUAGCCGGCUUGUCGGUCCUGGAUUCCUUCAUGCCAAAUUCUUCAUUUCAAUCGUUCAAAAUGCCUGGAUCUCCAAAAGCCCAGGGUUUUCACGGCAGCUCGUGGUCAUCCCUGUCAAACAUGUCAUAUCGAGCUCUCACCGUUGGCCAACGGUCCCCACUAACUCCUAUAAUGAUAAACCAACUCAUCGAAGUAUUCCUCUCUCGCCUUUACCUAUCUAUGCCAUUCUUCAAGAGAUCUUUCAUUCUGGACAACAUCAAACGGAAUCGCCACGAAAACGACCGGCAGUUUAAAGCUCUGGUUCACAGCAUUUGCGCGUAUACCCUUUUUCAAGCCAUUCAUAGCCAGGAUAGGCCUUUAUUGCCAGACCGCCUACGACUGGCCGAGUCAGUUUUAUCAUUUGUGGCUGACCUGCAUGGCGGCGCGGACUUUGGUCAAGAUCCCACUGUCGAGACUGUCAUAACCAGCUUCUUCCUAUUUGGUUGUCAGUUUUGUCGGGGAAAUCAUAAUGCCGCGCAGCUUCGGUUCCGAGAGGCAAUGUCCUUGGCCGAGAUCCUGAGGAUGCACGAUCCUUCAAGUUAUGAAGGUCUUAGUCCUGACGAGAAGGACCGCAGAGUACGAACCGUGACGGCUUUGGCGCUCGUCGAAAGGAUAUAUACUAUACAGCACGGUUCUACACUUUUGAUGCCGCGACUGAUGGGCUUGGAUAUUAUGGCUUUCUCCAAGCUUAUUGAGCGCGCAUCCUCAAUUAGUGAAGCGACAGAAGACAAAGCUGUCGAUGGACUCCAGCGCAUGAUUGACCAAGUUGGCUUCGUCGACGAAACUGUCGUGCGAUGUUGGAAGGGGUUAUGUCGAUCGGACAGGAAUGCGAGACAUAUCACUGCAGAAGAAGUAGUGUCACUUCUUAUACGUUACAAGAAACCCCCCAACUUGAGCUCUGGAACAUCGCAGGGAGCUGCCCAGCACGCCGACAUUCUUCUCACUCGGCACUGGGUGCGCAACCUCCUUUGGGGCCUUGCUUCCCGCCACGGGUUCAUCAGCCCUUCUGCUUCUACUUCUGAGCUGCGACCGGAAUACGCCGUGGAGAUUGCAGCAGACACAAUCAAGGCUUGCGCAAAAUUUGACAUUCGUAGCUUGGAAACGCAUGGAGUCGGCCUCGUGGAGAAGCUCUACGACAUUGCCAGCAACUGCGUGCAAGUUGCCCAGAGCUUUCCGCUCCGUGAGGAGGAAUUCAAAGAUUCUGGCAGGUUUUUUGAUGUUCAUGAUCUGGAGUCUGAAUCUAAUGUUGCUUCCACCAACGGGACUGUAUGCCCAGUAUCACUGGUUGGGGGGUCAAACUGGACUAAUCAGCUCAACGGGGCUGAACUAGACUGGACGGCUACCAAGCCAACACAGGUGGAAGAAGUACUGAAUAGGUUCUUGGCGUUAUUUUCAUUGUUUAGGAAAGGAAAGCAUCCUUUCCUUAAGCCUUUCAUGGGGUUGAUGGCCAACCUCGAUAACCCUGGAACGAUGGGACCACUCCCACCUUAG